AUGGAGUAUCAAAAUGCUUCAGAGAUGAACGGAGGAGUUGACAGGAACCUGAACGCAUGCAAAUGUAAUAGUUUGUGCAGAGAAAAGAAGGACUUCAAGGACACUGUAGAUGCAAAAAAGCUGUCUCACAUAGAGAAGGCUUAUACCACCAUACUGAGCGAGCUUGGAGAGGACGUCGACCGGGAGGGACUUCUACGUACACCACUACGUGCAGCCAAAGCCAUGCAGUUCCUCACCAAAGGCUACAAAGAAACUACUCAGGAUGUCUUGAAUGAUGCAAUCUUUGAUGAAAACCACGAAGAGAUAGUGAUUGUCAAGGAUAUCGAGCUGUUCUCUCUCUGUGAACAUCACCUGGUGCCCUUCUUUGGCAAGGCUCACAUCGCAUACCUUCCAAACAAGAAAGUGGUUGGCCUCAGUAAGCUUGCUAGAAUUGUUGAGAUCUACAGCAGGCGGCUUCAAGUUCAGGAGCGUCUAACCAAGCAGAUUGCUUCAGCCAUCUCUGAGGCGUUGGAGCCCGCUGGAGUAGCAGUGGUGAUUGAGGCUGUCCACAUGUGCAUGGUGAUGAGAGGUGUGCAGAAGAUGAACACCAGCACUGUUACAAGUGUCAUGCUGGGAAGAUUUCAUGAUGAUCCCACGACCAGGAAGGAGUUCCUUAACCUCACAAUGAGGAAGUGA